GUACCGUUUCUGCUACAGAGAGAGAGAGAGAGGGGCAGAGAGGGGGAGAGAGAGAGAGAGAGAGAGAGAGAGAGAGAGAGAGAGGAGAAGCAACGCAACGCAAGUGAAUGAAUGAAAGCAAGGAAGGAAAGGAAAGGAAGCAAUGAACGAAGAAGAAGAAGAAUGGGACCCUGAUUUCCUUGACCAACUCAUCCAUGUUGAAGAGCUCGCCCUCUCCUCUUCCUCUUCCACCGCCUUCCCUAACCCAAACCCAAACCCAAACCCCCCUUCUCAUUCUGACUCCCUUCUCCCUCCUCCGCCGACUAACCACCAACACCACCAACCGCCGCCUCUCCCGCCCGUCACCUACUCCCCCCCUCGCGAGCUCUCUAAGCGCCCGCCCCCCUCUUUCACUCCCGCUUCUUCCGCCGCCCUCGAUCACAAAGACCUUGAGAUUCAGCGCUUGCAGAGGGAGCUCGGAUGCGUGUCGAAGCAGCUUUCGAAUUUGAAACAAGAGUGCUCUGAACUAAGAAAGGAGAGAAACAAGAAAGAUGGACAACUUAAUAACACAUCUUCCACAAACGAAGAAAAAGAUACAGGUCUUUGCUAUCCAAAAUGCACAAAUUCGGAUAGAGAAUACGAAGCUCUUGGUGUGGGCCAUCCUGGGAUUUCUCGACAAUCUCCGAAUGUUGUAUCCUCAACUACAUCAAGCUGUAGAGCCAUCAGAGUUCAAGCAGAUGUUGCUGGGGUUUGUGCCGAAGUAUUCUUAAAUGAUGAUCUGCCAACUCAUCAGGAUCUCUCCAAGAAGUUGCUAGACAUUUGGGGUUUGCCAAAAAUCCCAACAUUGGGAAGGAAUCUAAUUUCUAAUCUACUUGUGGCUUGCCAAACAGAUCUGCAUGUUCUGUUUGGGUUUAUGGAUAUGAAUUUUUCUGUCAAAUUAAGAAUGGACUCUCUAGUAUGUGAGAGCUCUGCUUCAGUUUCACAGUACCAUUUGCAAUCAUGUCAUACAUUGGAAGCUACAAAAGUGUCGCAUUUCUAUUCCGUGUUGACAAAGAUCAAUACUGGAAUGGCACAACUGGAGGCUUUGUUGAAACCGUUGCUGGAUCUUUGUAGUGUUGAAAAUGUUGUCAUUGUUCAUAGAUCUCUUCAUAUACUGCAUAUAUUUCUGCAGCACCUGUUGAGUUUCGAAAGAAAAUCUGGAGAAAGGGAAAAUAUCAUGAUUGAGGGACUUUGCUCUGGGAACGGCGUUCUAAAUCCUUGUGGAUCUGGAGCUUCUACAGGGAUGGACACGUUUUCUGUCAGCAAGCACAGGACAUCCUUCACUGGCUGUGUGCCCUUUAGUACUAAAUUACUUGAUGCUGAAACUUCAAUCGAGAAGGAACCAUGGUAUCCUGGUUUUGCAAUUUCAGUUUCUCGGAUAGACUGGCUGUCACUUUUCGAAUUAGUGCUUCAAAUUGCCAUGAGAAAAACAGAAGAAAUUGUAAGGGUAGAAGCUGUGUCUAUUAUGAACAUUAUUCUAAUAAGAAGUAAUGCUUAUACAGAGAGAGAGAAGUUUGGCAAUGCCCAGGUGUUUGGAAGUAUCUCUCAAUUGCUCAAAAAGGAAGCUGGCUUGCAAGUGCAGAAACACUCGAUUCAGCUGCUCUAUCUUCUAUUAAAUUGUCCAAAACUAUUGUUCACGUUCUGCUCUGGUUGUAUGGAGGGAGGAUCUGCCGGUUUCAUGAAUGACACCACAGAAGAAACUUCAGCUUUUCACAAGUUCACUUUAACCCUUCAGAGCUUGGCAGAUUGUAUAUCUUGCGCUGGAAAUGGUAUAGAGGAGUUGAAGCUUCGAAGGAAUGCAAUUGUUUUGUUGGCUUUCUUGGCUUCAUCUGGAGAAUCUGGCUUUGAUAUUCUUGUUAGUCAUAAGCUACCUAAAGAUGCAAACUUUCUUAUGCUAAUUUUGCAAGUAUUGGUGUCCGAGAUGGAUAUAGAAGCAACUGCUAUUGCGAACUCCCCAGAAGUAUUUAAAGAGAGGACCUUGCUAAUGCGAGAGGCUCUGAUACUUCUAAAUAGACUUGUAUCAAACCCUGCAUAUUCUGCUACCGCCUUGCAAUUGUUGACAAAAAGCAGAGAUAUGGCUAGCUUGGCCAUUGAUAUUGCAAACCGGUUGUCGAGAAAAGAUCAAACAAAUGACCAGUUUGAUGGCAUGGUUAAGCUGAUAAGGAAGUCUGAAAUUGUCGACUUAGCUCGAGUUUUUAAAAAACGGGUUUUCACAUAUAUGGGAGAUUACAUGUCAUAGAACAUCUUGUGUUGACCCGAGAACUUUGUAAAUUUUGAUUUAUAGUUGAUUUUAGUCUUUAAAAUAGCCAUUGGAGACUGCAGAAUUAGGGCUUUUUUGUUUGGACGGGUAGCUCUAGUUGAUUUUGAUGCGCUGCUAAUAGGCGCCUUUGAGCUAUUAAAAUUUUGAGAGGCUAUAAACGUUUUACAUAAAUGGUCUUGAGAGUACGCAGAUUAAUUCCUGAUUAAUGUCAUUGUACUUUUUUAUAUAAAAAAGUUUACUUGUGUAAAUUAUA